UGGUUUAUGUGAGUUUUUUUGUUUUUUUUACUACUCGCGCCCAAAGUCAGCUGGGAUAGCCUCGUGUGCACUGAAACACUUAAAACCACAUGACACGCCAUAAAGAGUAAUUGGAAAGGACCAUUAACGCCGCUUGGGGGUCAGGGUCGGUUUGAACCUGCCCCCAGAGGGGUGAAGGAGUUGCUGUGGCCUGGGUGAGGUCAAAGUUCAUUUGCCAGACGCGCCUCCAAACCCGGGCCUGUUUGUGCUUACACCGUUCUUCACUUUUUAAAGAAAUAGUUACGGAUGACGCUGAAUAAAUCUGGCUCAAGGUUUGAAAGGAAGGUUUCAAGACUGCGUUCGCGCUUCCCCUUAUAUGUCCUCUGUGCUUCUGCUCUCAUUUCUUCUGUAUUUUUUUUCUGUACGUCCCCAUUUAUGUCCUGUGUGCUUUGCCUUUGAUUUGACUUGCUUUCGCUACACCUCCUUAAGUCGCGACCAGACCUCCAAAUUUGAGGUGAGCAUUCGCUAAUUAGCAUUACCCUCUAAUGUGUUCACUCCACUCAUUCCAAUGUCAGCGUUUUCAUUUCCUAGAAAGGUACCGGUCACGAAUAAUCCUCAUGCAGUCGACAUCGUCGCAUCGAUGCAGCAAAACCAAACGACCUAGCACGUGUCCAAAAGGCCUCGGGGAUCCGUCCGCAAACGCUCCGCCAAAGUUGCAGCGGGACAAGUGAGCUGCUCCCGGGCCAGCCCCUAAAACGUGUGUCGGAUCAGCCGUUACAUGACAAGCUUUGCAGGGGGCCCGCGGCUGUUAUUUUUUCAGGCCGGCCACAAAUUCAGCGACUGCGUGCGACUUCAUCACGAGACUAACUGGUCCGGUAGGUGUGUGUUUGCGUGUGUCUUUGUAUACUUGUGUGUGUGCGCACGAUUCCAGGAUUGGAGCCCUCAGCCAAGAACACUCUUGCACUUGAAUCGCACGGGAUGAGGAUGGCAUCGGGUCGGAGAUAAUAAAUGAUAGAGUGGAAACAUCGUAAAAACACUUCAUCUCUUGUGAUUACUUCGGACAAGAUUUUCUUCAGCAGCGCUGUAGAUAAAUGCAUUGUGAUCACCCGGCGGGAGACGAACCUCAUCCGAAGCUGACAAAUGGCCCCACAGGAGUGCCACCUGACGGCCUUAGUCCUGAUCUCGGUCGUGGCGGCGAUUUUGGGCUCGUUGCAGGUGGGCUACCACACGGGGAACGUCAACGCCCCCGCUAAGAUCAUCGAGGAGUUCUUCAACCAGACAUGGAGGCAUCGAUAUAACGAAACAAUGCCCGACGAGAGCCUCACCCUGCUGUGGUCUCUCUCUGUCAGCAUCAAGGACUUUGGAGCCCUACUGGGCUGCCUGGGUGUCAAAUUCGUGGCCGACAAUUUUGGAGCUGUUCCUGUGCUCAUCAACAAGGGGCAGGAGGACGAGGCCGACGCUGCCCUGCUCAGACUGCGAGGACGUCCCGAGCCGGUGCAAGCCGAGCUGGAGGAGAUGAAAGGUGAGGCGGCGCAUAUUCAAGCGUCCGUCGGCGUCUUGGAUUUUUUCCGGAAGCGAAGCUACAGGCAGCCGAUCAUCAUCGUCCUCUGCGUCAACUUGGGCAGCCAGCUGUCGGGAUUCAAUGCGAUCAUCAAUUAUUCCACCAGAAUGUUCCAGGCUAAUUUUGAGGAGGCAAAGUACCUGACUUUGGGCGUUGGCGCCGUCAACGUGAUCUUCACUUUGGUGGCGUUCUUCCUGAUGGAAAGGGCAGGGCGGCGGCGACUGCUCCUGAUGGGCUUCAUCAUCAUCGCCAUGUGCAACCUCCUGUUGACCGUCAUCGAUUCACUGGUGCAAACGGUACCCGAGCUGGGGAGCUUUCAGGUCCUGCUGGUGUUCUCCCUGAUCUCGGCCUACGAGCUCGGGCCGGGGCCCAUCUCCUGGUUCAUCGCGGGCGAGCUGUUCGACCAGCCCGGCAGGUCCAUCGGCAUGGCCUUCGCCAGCAUGCUCAACUGGGGAGGGAAGUUCCUCCUGGCGCUGCUCUUUCCUCCCAUAUACAAAGUCAUCGGCGGCUUCUCUUACCUCCUCUUCAUGGCCAUGGCUCUGAUGGGCUUUGCCUUCACCUGGUUUCGGGUUCCUGAGACCAAGGGCCGCACUUUCGAUGAGAUCGCCGAGGAGUUCCGGGGGGCGGAAAACCUCCCUUUGCACAAUAAGAAUGGAUUCAACACCUUCCCCUAAAGCGAACCGUUGGUGUACAGUAUGUCUACGUAUGGUCGGGAAAAAAAAAUGGACGUCUCACCACAGGUGGACCCAGUUGUUUUUGCAACUAUCCCCAAAUGUCACCUCGCUCCACUGGACGUACGAGAAGCCAGGAGGUUGCGCGGAGGAACUCAUUAAAGACUCAAAAACCGAUAACUGGAACUUUCAUGCUCCUUUAUCUCAAUAGCAUGGACACAUUGCCACCUGGUGGGCAGAAGUCAGUGCUUGAAAACACCAUGCGACAAUCAUUGGUAGUUUUGAAAUCUUUUUGGAGCACCCAAGAGCUUUUUUUGCCCCAAACCAAAAUCAAUUAUUCAGUGCAAAGCACUGAUUUACAAAAAAUGACAAUGACAUUGCAGAAUAAUUCCAAAAUGAGGUGAUGAGAAGAACUGAUGACAUGCUUAGCAUUUGAAUCUUGAACAGAUGACGCGGCAUGAUGAAACAUUUUGGAUGGGUUUAACGUGUCAAUGAUGAAUGGAUGCCAAAAAGUAGGAAAGAGACACUGAAAUGAGGGAGGCAAAGAAGUGACCGAACCAAAUAAAGAGACACACUGAAGCGUCACAAGUGGAGUCUGACUUGUAUGGAAAUUAUCGGGGCCGGGGGCAAUAUUUAUGAAUACUGGGGCUAAAAAAAAUCAAAUAAAAUAAAGGUGGUAUCUGAUCUAUUGACCAAUAACUGGUAUAUGAGCCAAUGGAUGAAAUAGGAACAACGAUAUAUGCAAAAUCUACAUAAACAUCAAUUCUUAUUACACCCAAAGUAUGAUUAAAGAAGGGGAGCACGACUAAAUUGAAAUGAGGAACUUCAAUUAGCGUCAGAUUUUAGAUAACGCUGGACAGUAAUUAACAGAUACACAAAUUUGAUCUCACACGAACGUGAACACUGCACUUAAAUAUUGGAAAAUGAAAAAACAAGAAAAGGGCACUCAAGUGACUCAAUUAGAAUGUAUUUCACACAAAAGUUGAGUAAAUGUUGUCUCUUAAUACUGUCAAUGUUUAAAAAUAAAAUAGUUCAACAGAAUUA